GAGUCCCGUCCGUCCGCCCGAGGUGUGCCCGGAGCCGCCGGCGGCCCGCAGGAGUCCUUGAGAUGACAGCAAUGGCAGAAUUCAACAGCAUCCAUUCAGUGACUGAAAUGCCAGAAGGAGACAAUCCUAAAAGCGGUUUCCAUCAUGGAAUGUUCUUGGAACCUCAGGAGAAGAAGAAGAGCAUGAAGGCUCUGGUGGUUAAGCAAGCAAAGAAAACUUGCAGCUGCACUCCAGCCAAAGUUAAAGACUUUGUUUUAAGUUUCUUUCCUGUCUUGCAGUGGCUCCCUAAAUACAAACUGAGAGAGUACCUACUGGGAGACAUAAUGUCUGGUGUGAUUGUGGGGGUGUUACUAGUCCCCCAGUCAAUUGCUUAUUCUCUCUUGGCUGGGCAGGAGCCUAUUUAUGGCCUUUAUACAUCCUUUUUUGCUGGCAUUAUUUAUUUCAUAUUUGGAACCUCCCGCCACAUCUCAGUUGGCAUCUUCGGUGUGAUUUGCCUGAUGGUGGGACAAGUGGUGGAUCGUGAGAUACAGAGAGCUGGCUAUGAUGCAGAGCCAGCUGCGCUCAGUGGCCUCACAGCUACAGCAGCAUAUGCAAACACCACCAGUUUUCCUGUGAAUCGGACAUCAAAAGAGCUACUCUGUGAUAAAAGCUGCUAUGCAAUUACAGUGGGAGCCACUAUGACCUUCAUAGCUGGAGUUUAUCAGGUGGCCAUGGGUUUCUUUCAAGUGGGCUUCGUCUCAGUGUACCUCUCCGAUUCAUUGCUGAGUGGAUUUGUCACGGGUGCCUCCUUCACCAUCCUGACCUCACAAGCCAAGUAUCUCCUGGGUCUAAACAUUCCAAGGACCAGUGGCAUUGGCUCCCUCAUAAUCACAUGGAUAAACAUCUUCAGAAACAUACACAAGACCAACAUCUGUGAUCUCAUCACCAGCAUCUUGUGCUUUCUUGUACUUAUCCCAGCCAAAGAGCUUAAUGAUCGUUUUAAAUCCAAGCUCAAGGCUCCAGUACCAGUUGAACUAGUCGUGAUUGUGGCAGCUACUCUGGCAUCUCACUUUGGGAAGCUGAGAGAGACUUAUGGCUCAAGCGUUGCCGGACGCAUCCCAACUGGGUUUCUGCCACCCCGUCCUCCAGACUGGAACCUGCUUCCUCAUGUGGCUUUGGAUGCUAUCCCCUUAGCUAUUAUUGGCUUUGCCAUCACUGUCUCCCUCUCGGAGAUGUUUGCCAAGAAGCAUGGUUACUCUGUGAAGGCCAACCAGGAAAUGUAUGCCAUUGGCUUCUGCAACAUCAUUCCCUCUUUCUUCCAUUGUUUUAUAACAAGUGCAGCUCUUGCGAAGACUCUUGUCAAAGAGUCUACAGGCUGUAGCACACAAAUGUCUGGCAUGGUGACUAGUUUGGUAAUCCUAUUAGUCCUCCUUGUGAUUGCACCUUUGUUUUACUCCCUUCAGAAAUGUGUCCUUGCUGUCAUAACCAUUGUAAACCUCAAAGGAGCCCUGCAGAAGUUCAGGGACCUGCCAAAGAUGUGGCGUUUGAGCAGAGUGGAUACAGUGAUCUGGCUAGUUACUAUGGCAGCCUCAGCACUCAUCAGUACUGAGAUUGGUCUUUUGGUUGGUGUUUGCUUCUCUAUGCUCUGUGUCAUUUUCCGAACUCAGAGGCCUGAGGCACCACUGCUUGGCUGGGUGGCGGAGUCUGAGACAUAUGAAUCCCUGUCUGCUUACAAGAACUUGCAAACCAAGCCAGGAAUUGUGGUGUUCCGUUUCGAAGCACCCCUCUACUAUAUCAACAAAGAGUGCUUUAAAUCCAUCCUGUACAAGCAAACUGGGGUCAACCCAGUCUGGGUGAAAGCAGCAAAGAAAAAGGCAGCAAAGAGAAUGCUUAGAGAGAAAGAGGUAGAUUCUGGUGGCAACCAGACCAGCACCUCCAUGGAUUUUGUCUCUGAACCUCUGGGAUUUCACACCAUAGUGAUUGACUGUUGUGCAGUACAGUUUCUGGACACGGCAGGAAUACGCACUCUCAAAGAGGUCUGCAAGGACUACAGGGAGAUAGAAGUCCAGGUGCUUCUGGCCCAGUGCAAUCCUUCAGUGAGGAGUUCCCUGAUCCGAGGAGAAUUCUUUAAAGAGGGGGAAGACCACCUUCUCUUCCACAGUGUGCACCAGGCUGUGGACUAUGCACUGGGUGCACAGAGGCACAGUGGGACUAGCGUUUGUAAGAACUAGCUGUGGAAAGGCAGCAAGUAGGAACAAAGCUUGGGGAAAUAAUGAUGGUGGGUCUGUAUAUAUGUGCAAUAUACAUGCGCUCGGAUAAAAAGAAGCAGAGUGGUUGUUAACACACUGAUUACUUUGCAGUCUGUUUUGAUGCUUUAAAUUUGCCUGCUGGGCAUAGUGAUUCAUUAGGUGGUAUUGAAUGAAGGCAAUUCUUAACUUGAUUAUGGUCAAUCUGUGAAUCUUAGAGUUUUCAUAUGGUUAUUCAUCUCAUUCUGCUUCUCUCUAGGACUUACCAUGUCUUGGUUCCCCUCUAAGUUUUGAUCAUAAGCCUUGUAAGUCUUCAUUGCAACCCUGUCCUAUGGAUGGGAUUUUGAUGUAGUCUGGCUACCCUGUCCAACUGAACAAUGAGAGGCAGCUCAUUUCUUGUUACUCAUUCUGGCAUUGCUUUUCCAUAUCACCACACCCUUACAUUUUCUAAGGAAUGACUGAUGGGGACUGUUUGCUCUAG